AUGGAGCCCGGCCCCGACGCCGAGGAGGCGCGCACCGUGCGAGAGGCGCUGGGCCGCUACGAGGCGGCGCUGGAGGGCGCGGUGCGCGCGCUGCACGAGGACAUGCAGGGGCUGCAGCGCGGCGUGGAGAGGCGCGUGGCCGAGGCGCUGCGCCUGGCCGGCCCGCUGGCGCGCACGGUGGCCGAGCUGCAGCGCGACAACCAGCGGCUGCAGUCGCAGCUCGAGCGCUUGACGCGGCAGGUGGAGGCGCUGGGCUUGGGGACCGGGCAGGCCCCCGCCGCAGGCUCGCCCGGCACGCACAGCCCCCCGGCCGCGCCCGCCGCCCCCGGCCGCGCGCCCCGCCUGGGCUCCGCGCGCUUCGCCAGCCACGCCACCUUCUCGCUGUCCGGCCGUGGCCAGAGCGUGGAUUUCCAGGAUGAAGCCGGUGAGGCGGAUGCCAGGAAGGCCUCGGACCCUGGCAUCAUCGAGAAUGGGCACCAGCCAGGAGCAGGGUCACAUGCUCCAGGUGUGGGUGAUGGACCUGCCGAGGCUGCCGAAACCUUCCCAGCACCAGAGCCCCCCCGGCCUCGCCCCGUGAGCCUCUCCUUGGGGCUGCCUCAUCAGCCUGUCACGGCCAUCACUCGGAUGCCUGAGAAGUUCUCAGGGGAGACCUCGGCCGCGGCUCUGUCGCCCACGUCUGCCGCUGUCCUGGGGGCCCUCAGCCUGAGCCCCAGUGAGGCCACCACUGCCUGGACUGCGGCACUCAGCGAGAAGAACCCCCCAGCCCCGUGCUCGAGUUCCAGCUAUGGGGCAGCGUCUGCUGGCAGGAACAGCAACAGCCUACCGCAGGCCAUGCUACCCCAGUCACCCCCCUCGCCCCCACCACCGGCCACCUUGCAGGCCCGGCGCCGGGAGCUGGUAAGGUCGCAGACGCUGCCCCGCACUUCGGGAGCGCAGGCCCGGAAGGCACUGUUUGAGAAGUGGGAGCAGGACACAGCUGGCAAGGGGAGAGGCGAGGUGCGGGCCAAGCUGAAGCGCUCACAGAGCUUCGGCGUGGCCAGUGCCAGCAGCAUCAAGCAGCUCCUGCUCGAGUGGUGCCGCAAGAAGACUGUGGGCUACCAGCAUGUGGACCUGCAGAACUUCUCCUCCAGCUGGAGCGAUGGGAUGGCCUUCUGCGCCCUGGUGCACUCCUUCUUUCCCGAUGCCUUCGACUAUGGUGCCCUGAGCCCCUCGCAGCGGCAGAAGAACUUCGAGCUGGCCUUCAGCACAGCCGAGAAUCUGGCCAGUUGUGAGCGCCUCAUCGAGGUGGAGGACAUGAUGCUGAUGGGCCGCAAGCCGGACCCCAUGUGCGUCUUCACCUACGUCCAGUCGCUGUACAACCACCUGCGUCGCUUUGAAUGAAGCCUGUGGGGCCUGUGUUGCCAGGGCCGAGCCCAGGAGGAGCUCCCUGAGCUCGGCGGCUGGCUUGGGGUGCAAGGCGUGCCGUCCGCCUGCUGUGUUGUGUGAUGCGGGCGCUGCGCGCUGUGCUCCACAUGGGCGGUGGCCGGGCCCGAGGGAUAGGGAGAGCCAGCCGGCGCAGUGGGUGCUAAGUGCUUAUGUCCCUUCCCGUAAAAGGCUUGCCUGUGGAUCCUGGAAUGUGAGGUCUGUUUUCCUGCUGCCGAACUUGGUACAUUGGCUUCCCGGGGUUGCGUUGUGACCAGGUGUGUUUUGUCAGAAUACCCAGGGUUCCUUCCAUUCGUCCAUCCGUCUGCAUGUGCUCCUAGGCCCUCUUCUCCUGCCUCUGGGCCUCGGCCCUGCAGCGGGGAGGACACCCCUGUGACAGCCUGACAAGACCACAUCUAGGGAAGAAACUUCGCUGGGGCCUAGGCAACACAUGCCCCCAAGUCACCCCCGCUCUCUAGGGGGUAGGGGGUGCCACCUAGUCCCCAAGUGCCCCAUCCUUCCUGGGAGGCUCCACGAGGGUUGGGCUGAGAACAGGCUCCUCCCGAGGUUAACGUGAUUAGGGAAGGAUGGGGCCCUUUGUGCACAGGAGUAGUUUCCAUUCAUGUUUUUUAGGGGAUUUGCUGCAGAUAUUAAUGGGAGGUAACUGCAUCUGUACUGUUGACUGUUUGUACAUAAAAACACGUGUCAAACUUCA